UCCAAGAGCCUAGAAACAGCAUAUCCCUUUGUAGCAUAUCCUUUGCCCUGCAGUCCAGCAGUCGUCGUGUACAUCAUCCACUAGCAGCACGAAAGGUUCACCGGAAGUUCCGGAAAAUCGCGUACGGCUUUCCCGGCAAAAAGCGCGUUCCACAUUGCGUGGGUCGGUGGUCACUCACGCACGGACCUAUCGCGGCCACAGGAACGUCACAACAAUAGCACCCUUCCCGCUUUUCGGCAGCACGCGAAGACGACGACGACGGCAGCGGCUGCAACUUCUUGUUCCUUCCUUCCCUUGUGCGCUGCGUAGCGCUGCAGUCAUGGCGACGAUGGAUACGAGGUCGCCGCUAGUUCUAAUCGAGGCACCACUGGUCAUCCCCGGGGUAACAACAGCAUCCGAAGCGCCUAGCAACAAGAAAACCACCCAGAAGCGCAAGAAAUCUUCCGCGUCUCCCGCGGUAACACCGGUAGCUGCGAUCAGCGGCGAUAGUCAGCAGCAGCGUUCGUCAACGCCGACCACGAAAGCCAAAACCGCGCCCAGCUCCACCCCGGAGGUGGUGAAUGGAGAUGGUGAGCGAUUAGCCAGUCCGCUGCCGGCGGGUGCACCGGCACCGAAGAAGCAGAAGAAAAAGCAUCCCUCCGAGGGUGGUUCGGAAACGGGUGUCAAAAGCAGCAAGAAAAAACCGGCCAAACAGAUACGCUUUCACAUUAAACUAUAUCCGCCCAAACCACCAACGGCUGCAGCCAGCACUACAGCUGGGACGGCGAAGAAAAAAAAGGCCAAAUCGACAAUUGCUAGCGGCAAACAAAGUGCUGGUACCGGUACCGUAAUGCCGGUCGCUGAUAGCUCCUCAGCUACCACAGCACCAACAAUUACAGCCAGCACCACGCCAUCCACGCCGGUGGACGGCACACCGCAGGCCGGCAAAAAACCGACCAAACGAAAUCGCUCAAAGGCCAACAAAAAGACGCCAGCGCCGGUGGUGAUACCGACGACCACAACAACGACGAUGGCGGGGGCAGCAGCAGCAAUGGGAGCGAUGGCUGUUGGCGGAAAGAAUGGUGCUGGAGAUAACCGUAGGGAAGGGGAUACCGUGAAUCGAUUCAUGUUGCCACCAUCGACCAGCUUCACACCGUGGAAGAAUUUGCAGAUUAAACAGGAACCAAAGACCGCGAAAGACGCCGGAGGUGAUUCCGAUGCCGACGCUGGUCCAAGCGGCAGUGCAAUCGCAUCGUCGAAGCAUCGUAUCCAUUACCCCUCCGUGGUAGGUGGUGCUGGUGGUGGUGGAGGUGGUAUGGUGCCGGCGGAGCUGGAUAGUGUCACAAUAGGGCGGCAAACGUUCGCCUGGUUAAUCGGUCCGAUGGGUAUAGAAGAGUUCGUGACGGCGUACUGGGAACGGAAGCCGCUGCUGGUGCAGCGCAACGAUCGCCACUACUACACCGGUCUGCUGUCACGUGCCAUGAUCGACGAGAUGCUGCGUACGAACAACAUCGAGUACACGAAGAACAUCGACAUCACGUCGUAUGUCGGCGGUCAGCGGGAAACACACAAUCCCGAGGGACGCGUACUGCCACCGGAGAUGUGGCAAUACUACGGCGAAGGGUGCAGUGUGCGCAUGCUUAAUCCGCAGACCUAUCUGCGCACGAUCUACGAGCUGAACGUAAAGUUGCAGGAGUACUUCCACUGCAUGACCGGUGCCAACUUCUACCUGACGCCGCCCAACAGUCAGGGUUUUGCGCCGCAUUACGACGAUAUCGAAGCGUUCGUGCUGCAGAUCGAGGGCCGGAAGCGUUGGCGGUUGUACCCACCGCGUCGGCGCCAGGAGAUACUGGCUCGCGUUUCUUCGGAGAACAUUGCGGAAGACGAGCUCGCCGCACCGCUCAUCGACGUAGUGCUGGAGGCUGGCGAUUUGCUGUAUUUUCCGCGUGGUUGCAUUCACCAGGCGGCCACCGUACCGGGCGCACACUCGCUGCACGUGACGCUGAGCGUUUACCAGCGCAACAGCUGGGCCGAUCUGUUCGAACAGAUGCUACCGAUUGCGCUGGCAACGGCGGCCGAAGAGGAUCAGCAGUUCCGCGCCGGGUUGCCCUUCGAUCUGCAUCAACACUUUGGCAUCGUGCACUCGGACGAGGUGAGCAGCGAACGGCGCCGCCUGACCGUGCGGCUUCGUGCCAUGUUCGAUCGAUUGUUCUCGGACUCGGCGAUCGAUGCGGCGGUGGAUCAACUGGCCAAGCGAUUCCAGCACGAUGCCCUGCCACCGAUGGUCGACUUUACCGAGUGGGACGAUACGGUGUAUGGGCGGGGUAACUACGAGUUCCGACCGGAUGGUACUGUGGAGUGUGCGCGACCGAUCGAGGAAACUUCCUCGGUACGAUUGCUUCGCCGCAACAUUCUGCGGCUGGUGAGCGAAGAGGACAAGCUGCGCAUCUACUACCACACGGACAACUCGCGCGAAUACCAUCAGUACGAGGCCAACUUCCUCGAGCUGGACUCCGAAACGGCGCUCGGUGUGGAGCUGCUGAUCAAAAUGUACCCGCGCUACAUCCCGGUCAGCAGCCUGCCCGUCGACGAUCGGCUCGAGUUCAUCCGCAGCCUCUGGGAGAAGGGUCUCAUCGUGUGCCGGCGGCCACCAUCGCUACCGGCUACGGCACUAGACGAUAAGAAACCACCACCGGUCACGGCUACCGUCGGAGACGAAAAUCAUGCGGACCCGGCUGCUGAUGGUCCCCAGGCGAAUAGUGCCAUUCCAGCCGAUUCCACCUCGCCCUAGGAUGCCCGGAUGUCCAUCUACUCUCCUUUGCCGGCUUAGCCGUUUGAUACCCCCGGUACCACCACCAACACCGGGGAUUAUGCUGGUUACCGAACCAACCUUAGUCAUAUACGGAAACGUGCAAGCAUUUGUGGACCAUUUUCUUCGUUUUCUUGCUUCUUUUUUUGUGCGUGUCCACGUGGAAUCUUCCCCCUUUCCUUGAAUAAUGAAUAUUGAUUCAACCAAA